AUGAAGGGCAUUGAAACAGAAAUCAUAAACACUACGGAGCGAAUCAGUGAUUUGGUCGACUGGCUCGUCGUCCGCCAUGCACCACCAGUUCCGUACUCGCCAACCAUGUACAUAGACCUCGAAGGCGUAAACCUCUGCCGUGAAGGAUCCAUUUCCAUCCUUACCCUCCUAAUUGAUACCGGCAUCCCGACCAAACGCGUUUACCUACUCGAUGUGCAUACGCUGGGCGCACAAGCGUUCAACACUGCCGGUGCCAAACGGACGACGCUAAAAGAUAUCCUUGAGGACGAAAAGAUUCCAAAAGUGUUUUUCGACGUUCGCAACGAUUCAGAUGCGCUAUUUGCGCAUUUCAGCGUGGCGUUGCAGGGGGUCGAGGACGUCCAGCUUAUGGAGAGUGCAAGCAGAAAGACCACCGGAUCCCGGAAAUUUUUGAACGGCCUGGCCAAAUGCGUUGAGAGCGAAUUGCGCGCGUACAAUAGCCAACUAGCUUGUUGGAAGCGAGCUAAGGAGAAAGGCGAGCGAUUGUACAAGGCGGAAUAUCGCGGCUCGUAUGCCGUGUUCAACUAG